AGGGGGCGGGGCCACGCCGCAGUAGUGGCGUCGGUCGCGAGAGUCGCGUUUUGGCGUCCUUGGCGGCAGCUGGAGCCUGGCCGCGCUCUCACCAAGCUCGCGCCAUGUUGCUGUUGGCUCUGGGUGGCCGGUGGGCAGCGGGACUGCGGCCCGGCGGAUGGAGGACUCCAUGGUGUGCGGCCGCCGCGCUCCGAGGUUCCGGGGUCGCCUUGUGGCGUGCGACCUCCCGCGCCGAGCCCGCGCGACUGCUGAGCGGCGUACUCCUGCGGGGAGUCCAGCCUGGCCCGCGAGCCUGGGGAGCGCAGAUACCCGUUUUUUGGGAGCGAUGUGUUCGAUGUGCACACACACAGUUUGAUAAACCAGAAGAUGAAAGGCUGAUUUAUACUGGGAACCUGGCCCGCACAGUAUUUGGUGUGAAAUGUUUCUCUUAUUCUACAAGUGUGAUCAGCCUUGCAUCUUUACCAUAUUUUUUUUCACAAAGUGUGACGUUUGAAAGUCUGCCUCUGCAAAUCUUAUUUUAUGGAGUCAUGGGAAUCUUCACAGUGAUCACGCCUAUGCUGCUUCACUUCGUUACAAAAGGCUAUGUCAUUCGGUUGUACCACGAAGCCACAAGUGACACUUACAAAGCCAUCACUUACAAUGCUGUGCUUUCGGAAACCAGCACGGUGUUUCAUCAAAAUGACGUGAAGAUUCCAGAGAGCACACAUCUAUUUACCACCUUUUAUGCAAAAACAAAGUCACUGUUAGUUAAUCCAUUGCUCUUCCCAAACCCUGAUGACUUUAACCAUCUAAUGGGUUAUGACAAACCAUUCACUUUUGAUAUGGAAGAAGUCAGUGAAAAGAAACUGCGUGAGGAUGAAAAAUGAACCUAUUUGGUUUUGUGUACAUGCCAUGUAUAUUUCAGUGUGUAAUAAGAUUGCCUACAUUGUGUUAUUGUUAGUGAAUGGUUGUUUUUAAAAAAAAUACAGUUUAAAGCCUGAAGACAGUGCAGUUAAUAUAGUGUUUGCCUUACAUGAGGCCCUGGGUUUGACCCUCAUCAUAUAAGUAGGUAUGCUUGUAUACACCAGUAACCCUAGCACUUGGAAAAUGGAAGUAGGAAGACCAGAAAUUUGGGAUCAUCCUUGGCGAUUCUAGUAGGUUUGAGUCAGCCUGUACUGUGUAAGACCCUGUCUUAAAACAGUGUUGAUCUGGGUGGUGCACGCCUUAAAUCCCAGCACUCCAGCGGCAGAGGUAGGUGGAUGUCUCUGAGUUUGAGGCCGGCCUGAUCUAAUAAUUGAGUUCCAGGACAGCCAGAGCUGUUAACACAGAGAAACCCUAUCUUAAAAAAACCAAAACAACAACAAAAAACCCACCAAAGAUCUCAAAAGUUGAAACUAUCAAGCAGAAUUUCUGAUUAAUUUUCAGAUAAUGAUGUUCCCAUGUAAUAAAAUACAUUUAAGAACAAAUUGUUUCUGUUAAAAAAUGCGGAUAAUCAGCCAGUUGGUGCACGCCUUUAAUCCCAGCACUCAGGCGGCAGAGGCUGGUGGAUCUCUGAGCUCAAGACCAGCCUGCGUGAGUUCCAGUAUAGCCAGGGCUGUUACACAUAAAAACCUUGUCUUGAAUAACAGAACAAAUAUGUGGAUAAUCGUGUAUUUUACUAUGUGUAUGGCUACAUGUAUUUAUGUUUUUAGACAGAGUCUCACUAUGUAAGAUUGGAUGCCUGGAGCUUGCUGUGCAGACCAGUCUGGCCUUGAAUUCAAAGAGAUCUCUGUCUCCUGCAUGCUAAGAUUAAAGGUGUGUCAUACCA